UUUGUUCAUAGCAAUUGAGUUUUGACUCUUUAUUUAUAAUGAAAAAAAUCUAAGCCAUUAUAGUAAUUUCACGCGUUUUUCUCCACCCUUUUUCUCUUUCCACGCCGCACUGUGUUUGUUUUUAUUUAUUUAUUUAGAGAGAGAAAAUAUGAGUUUUUAAUUUAUUCCCCAUCUUUCCUCCCCUUUCUCUCCUCUGUUUUGAUGUUUAUCUUCUCCUCGAUCCCUUUUUUCGAGUUUCUGUUGGGAGAGAUUGGAUUAAAGAGAAACCCCCCUUUUGUCCUCUCCCUGAAAAUAUAAUUUCUGCUGGUGUCAUCUCCGUCUCUUGAUUUUUUUAGAGCUAAAUUCCCCCUCAAAAGAAAACCAUAAAUAGGGCUCAUGAGCGAAACAGAAAAAUUAAUAGCUUGUAAAACGUACUGCGAGAGAUCGUCUUCGUAGGAUAUCUGGGCAGCGACUGUUUUUCUCGAAAUGGCGGGAAGUAAUGAGCUGAACGUCAGUGAGUCUAAGAGUGUUGUCCCUCUCAACACAUGGAUCCUCAUAUCCAACUUCAAGCUCGCCUACAACAUGCUCCGUCGGCCAGACGGCACUUUCAACCGCGACCUCAACGAAUUCCUCGACCGCAAAGUCCCUUCCAACGCAAACCCCGUCGACGGCAUCUACUCCUUCGACGUCAUCCUCGACCGCACCACAAACCUCCUCAACCGCGUCUACAUGCCCUCCUCCGAACCCCGCCACGUCAGCAUCCUCGAGCCCGACACCCCUCUCAGCUCCUCCGAAAUCGUCCCCGUCGUCAUCUUCUUCCACGGGGGCAGUUUCGUCCAUUCCUCCGCAAACAGCGCCAUUUACGACACCUUCUGCCGCCGCCUCGCCGCCACUCUCCGCGCGGCGGUCGUCUCCGUCGACUACCGCCGCUCGCCAGAGCACCGGUUUCCGUGUGCGUACGACGACGGUUGGGCCUCUCUCAUGUGGGCCCGAUCAAGGUCGUGGUUGAAGAGCGGUGAAGAAGGUAAUCACAAAGUUCAUGUCUAUCUGGCGGGCGACAGCUCGGGAGGAAAUAUUGCUCAUCAUGUCGCGGUUCGUGCGGCGAACGAGAAUGUCGAGGUGCUCGGGAGCAUUCUUUUGCACCCGUUGUUUGGAGGGGAAGAAAGGACGGAAUCGGAAAAGAGGCUUGACGGGAAGUAUUUCGUGAGGAUUCAGGAUCGGGAUUGGUAUUGGCGUGCGUAUUUGCCGGAAGGGGAGGAUAGGGAUCACCCGGCUUGUAAUGUGUUUGGGCCGAGGGGUCGGGCCUUAGACGGGCUGAAUUUUCCCAAGAGUCUUGUGGUGGUGGCUGGGUUGGAUUUAUUGCAGGAUUGGCAGCUGGGGUAUGUGGAGGGGUUGAGGAAGUAUGGGCAUGAGGUGAAGCUGCUUUAUUUGGAGAAGGCGAGUAUCGGGUUUUAUUUCCUGCCGAAUAAUGAUCAUUUUCCGGCGUUGAUGGACGAGAUGAAAAGGUUUGUUCGGCCCGAUUGCUGAUUUGUGUGNCUUUUUUUUUUUCUUGUUGUUUUAGUGCUAAUGCUAUGUAGAAAAAAGUUUACUUAUGUUGUUGGGUUUGGUUGCUUCUGUUAGUCUGUGGUGGUUGGUAUGAUGGUUUACUUAUAGCGGUUAUUUAUUUCUAUGUUGGGAAGAUUCUGGUCAG